CUCAGCUGUUUCCUCAACCGUCCAUAGGUAAAAGUUUUUCUCUGUCGCGCUACACUAACUUAUCUACUUCUAUGUAGCGCAUCAAAACGUUUCUAGACAUUAUUCAAAGGCCCACUCGUCCAAACCUCCGUAGGUCUCAGCCAUGUCUCUAUCGGACCAGAGCCAACAGUGGUAUCCCACCAGCGUACAGGUAACUGUGCUUCAGGCAAGAAGCCUGAGGAUAAAGGGAAAAAAUGGCACCAACGACGCAUACGCCAUCAUGCAAGUAGCCAAGGAUAAAUUCGCUACAUCGGUGGCAGAAAAGAGUGUGGUACCGGUGUGGAAAGAGGAGGCCACGUUCGAGCUGCCGCUCUUCCACAACGGUAACACAGAGAAGUGUACGUUGCAUGUCCACGUAAUGCACCGGGCUCUCGUGGGAUCGGACAAGUUGCUCGGGCACGCAGUCAUCAACCUGUUGGAGCUCAGCGAGGUUAAAUCCCGCAAUAAGACUGAAUGGCAUAAGCUGUUGGAUAAGGCAGGCAAGCCAGACAAAGACAGGGGAGAGGUGCUGGUGGACAUCCAGUUUAUGAAGAACAACCUGACAGCCAGCAUGUUCGACCUCUCUGCUACAGACAAGCCGCGCUCCCGCCUGGGCAAGUUCAAGGACAAGGUUCGAGGGAAGAAGAAGGAGGGUCUGUCGGACUCAGCGUCUGCCGUGGUGCCGUCCUUCACCCAGGUUCUGACGGACAGCGAGGGAGAGGGGGAAGGGGAGGGAGGUGCAGACAAAGAAGAGAAAAAGAAGAAAAACAAGCUGAAGUCUCUGUUUUCCUCCAAGUCUAAUCUGCAGCGUCACGGACUGUCUCAAUCCAUGUCUGUCCUGGGCCCUCUGCCGGAGAAGGACUCCUCACUGAGUGGCAGCCCCUCAGGCCUCAACGAGGACUCCUCUGAAGGUAAAAAUAAAUUCAAGUUUCUGACCCAUAAGCGCACAGGCAGUUCCGACAGUAAGGCUUCUCAGGGCUCCCUGUCUCUAGGGCGCUCUAAGAUCCAUGCCCCGCUUGCAGAGCAGAGUAACCUGUGCAUCAACGGCAGCCACUUGUACACAGAACAUCCCCAUCCCCGGAGCGCACGCACCGGCUCCACCUUCAGCCUUGCCAGCUCAGGCCACGGUUCCAUGGAAGACCUACGCAGGGCCCAGGGCCGUAAGAGCUCCAGCACCUCCAUGGACUCUCUCACGGCCCUGAAGCAGCCCUCACCCUGGGCAGAGGGGGAGAGCAGCAGGGCAGAGGAGGAUGAGGAGGAGGAAGACAGAGUUAAGAUGGAUGAGAUGAAGAGAAAGGAAGAGCAAGAGAGAAAGAAGUUAGAGGAAGAGAGGAUGAGGAAGGAGGAACAAGAGAAAAGGAGGAUUGGGAAGGAGGUAGAAAGACUUAGGUUUGAGGAGGAAGAGAAAACAAGGAAGGAGGAGCAGGAAAACAGAAAGAGGAUGGAGGAGGAGGAAAAGAUUAGGGUUGAGGAGGAAAGUAGAAUGCUGGAAGAGAGGAAGAGGAGACUGAAGGAGGAGGGAGAGGAGAGGGUAAAGAAGAAAGAACAGGAAAUGAUUAGGUUACAGGAGGAACAAGAGAGGUGGGAAGAAGAGGAAAGGAUGAGGCGAGAAGAGCAUGAAAGAAUGAAGAGGGAGGAUAGACUGAGGAAGGAGGACGAGAGGAAAAUGAGGGAGGAGGAAAGAUUGAAGAGGGAGAAAGAGGAGAGGAUUAAGGAGGAGGAAGAAAGGAUUAGGAGAGAACAAGAGGAAGAUAUGCAAAGAAGGGAGGAACGGCAGAGGAAGAUGAGGGAGGAGGAAGAAAGACUAAGGAUGGAAGAGGAGAUGAGGGAGGAAGAAGUAAGAGUGAAGAGAGAGCAGGAUAGGCUGAGAGAGGAGGAGAGAAGAGUGAGGGAGGAGGAAGAAAGAGUGAGGAAGGCCGAGGAGGAAGAUAGGCUGAGAGCGGAAAUGGGGAUAAAGAGGACAGAGGAGGAGGAAAGAAUUAAGAGGGAUAGGCUGAGAAAGGAGGAAGAGGAGAGUAAGAUCAGGAAGCAGGAAGAGAGGAUAAGGAUAUUAGAGGAGGAGAUGUUGAGGAAGGAUGAAGAGCAGAGGAAGAUCAGGGAGGAGGAAGAGAGGAUAAGGAGAUUAGAGGAGGAGAUGUUGAGAAAGGAGGAAGAGGAGAGGACGAUUAGGGAGGAGGAGGAGAGGAUAAGGAGAUUUGAGGAGGAGAUGUUGAGGAAGGAUGAAGAGGAGAGGGAGAUCAGGGAGGAGGAAGAGAGGAUAAGGAGAUUAGAGGAAGAGAGGAUAAGGAGAGUAGAGGAGGAGAGGCUGAGGAAGGAUGAAGAGGAGAGGAAGAUCAGGGAGGAGGAAGAGAGGAUAAGGAGAUUUGAGGAGGAGAGGCUGAGGAAGGAGGAAGAGGAGAGGAAGAUCAGGGAGGAGGAAGAGAGGAUAAGGAGAUUUGAGGAGGAGAUGCUGAGGAAGGAGGAAGAGGAGAGGAAGAUCAGGGAGGAGGAAGAGAGGAUAAGGAGAUUUGAGGAGGAGAUGUUGAGGAAGGAGGAAGCAGAAACAAUGAGGCUUGAAGAAGAAAGGGGCAAUGAACAGGAGAGGAGUGAUAAGGAGCAGAAAGAAAGAUUUAGGGUAGAGGAAGAAAAUAUGAAAACAGAGGAGUUGAGACAGGAAGAGAAAAGGAGAAAUGCACAGAUGGAGGAAGAGCAAAGGCGUGAGGAGGCGAGGGCACCGUUGGAGGAAGUUGAGAAGCAGAUGGAGCAGUAUAGCGAGGCAAAGGUCACCGUGUGCAAUAAUCCUUUUGAGGAAGUCUCUCCCACCAGUUCAUUUGAUGACAGCUCUUCAAAUAAUCUGUUUGAGGAGAACCCUAUGACCACUACUGGACCCAUCAGCUGCCGGAUAAAUAAAGUAUCAGCAGUCAAGCCAAGACCCUCUUCAUGGGGGAACCCUUCAAAGCCUGCUAUAUCUUCCAACCCCUUCUUAUCGUCCUCGUCUCCUGAACUGGAGAGUUCUAUGGACUCCCCCAGAGGCGCAAGGGAAAAUAGAGAUGCUAUUGACCCGUCUGCUAAUCUGAUGGAGAAGAAAGACCCUGCCCCUGUGGCUCCCAUCAAUCAGCCCUGGGCUCGUAAGGACAACUGGUCUAGUAAAUCUCAUUGUGCCACACCUACCCUCGCUAAAACAAAGCCAACAAAACCGCCCCCUCCCCUCAGAUGUCAAUCUUCCACGGCAUUGGUGGGAAGUGGGGAUGACCAGGGGAGUGUUAGUGGUAAGGACCAUUCCAGUGUCAGACAGGAUAAGGGCCCUGCUCCACUGCCUCCAGACAACCAGCGAUGGGCUCAUAAGGACAACUGGCCCAGUAAGUCCAACCCUGGUUCUGCCACUCCUACCCUCACCCAAAAAACGCCAACAAAACCGCAGCCUCCUCCAAGACGCCACUCUGCCACGUCAUUGGUGGGAAGCGAACAUGACCUGCACUUAAAUGAGAGUGUUAGUCAGGGUGAUUCCGGUGUCAGGGGGGACAAGCGUCCUGCUCCACUGCCUCCUGACAGACCAAACCAGGCUCCAAGCCAGAUACAGAGGGACCAGAGUAUGGCCAGUGUGAAUCGGGGACAUAAGGACAGAGUGGAUGCCUCCAUGUCCAAAGUUUCUCAACGUGUGGUACAGAUGAUCACGCCACUGAGAUCUUCCUCCACAGCUACAACAGAGCACAUCAGUGGAGGCCAGAGCUCUACCCACCAUGGGAACCAAGCAGAGGAACCCAUGCCAUCAGCCACUGGGGGGUUGGUGGUUGCAAAACACAAUAAAGGUCCAGCACCCUCCAGGCCCCAGCACCUUCCAGGGAAGACAAUGCCAACUCCAACAGUUGAUGUGUUAGAUGAGCAAUCAAAUACUGAGGAACAUGACUCUUCGGUUGAGUUUGGUCCAAAUAAUCCCUUUGCAGAAGACUGCAGAAUGGAGAAGUCCUCUGGAUGUGGUGUAGAACAGAGUCUAACUGGUGAGCGCCAGGGGAGCCCGGACUCUCACAUUCAACAGAGUUGUACCUCCACAGAUGCAGAUCUAGGUCCGUUUCAGAAGCGUGUGGUUGGGGACACAACUGAGCUUCCAACGCCAGAUGCUCUGCCAGCCGAGGAUGUCUCCUGUCCCACCAAAAGCACAUCAGCGAAGCGGGCCCGUGCUCCCUUGCCUCCAGUGAAGAUGACAUCCACCUUUAGAGAGGAGGGAGCUGGUAAACAGAGUUCUGGAAAACUACAAAGCCCAGAGGCUCCCACUUCGAGUAAGCUUUCCUCAGGUAACUGGGUAAAAAAGCAGAAUGGCGGGGUGGGUGUGGCACUACCAUGUGUUACACUUGCCCAGCCCCCAUGUUUCCCAUCACCUGCCCCCUCCUCCAUACCCCACCCCGAGCCCCUGAAGGGAUCAGGGAGCAGGAGAGACUGCCCUCCCCAGACAACAAGCUCUGUCCCUGGCCAGAAGACCCUGCUUCAUGCUGGAGCUCUGCCCUCCAUUACAGAGCAGAACAGUGGAGAGGAGGCAGGAGGGAGAGGGGACAGGUCUGCCUCAAGCACACGCAGGCCACACCCAGUAAAGCCCUUGAGUUCCCUGGAAAACCAGCCAGCUUCUAACAUCCAUGAGGGACAGGCUGGCAAAUCUACAGGGAUCCUCGGUGGCCUUCAAGAGAAGAUAAAGGUCAAAGACACAGGGGUCAAAGGUCCCUACUCCCAGCUGACCCAGGAAGAGCUGAUCUCCCUGGUGCUAAAGCAGCAGGAGCAGCUCUCCAAAAGGGACGAUAAGAUUAAGGAGCUGGAGCAGUACAUUGACAACCUGCUGGUGCGCAUCAUCGAGGAGCAACCCAGUAUCCUGAUGACCAUGAACUCACUCAAAUGAGUGUUCCUAAUCAUUCAGAGUAGGGCUUUACUAAAAUGUGUAUCUUCCUCAAUGCACAUGUAUUGGGCUGGUUGAAUAUUUCAGUCUGAAUUCACCUGACACCCAUGUACAGUAUACCAUACCAAGCACUGGCUUUCUGUUUCUACUGAACAGGUGCACUUUUGUUCAUUACAUUUUGAUUGUUGACUAUUUGAUUGCUCAUUACAUUUUGACUGAAUGAUUUUGUAACUUUAUGGUGUGUAAAGACAGUCAGUAUAAGAACAACAAAGCACAAGUUUAAAUAGGCCCGUGGGAAGUUGCCUUAUGUUUUUGACAGUUUGAUUUUUCUUAGUAAUUAAUGUUUUGAUUUUCUUGCGAUGAGUAUGAUAUUCUAUGAAUGUUUUGAUUUUCUUGAGCGGAGUAUCAUAUGAAGGUUAAAUCCAGUGCAAUCACACUGAAGAAUGAAUUGAAUAAUACAUAAUGAAAGCUCCAAUAGAACAGUGGAGUUUGCAUAUUUGGUAACACUUUAUGUAAAGCAGACAGACUGGUAUAAUAUGGUGUCAUACAUGCUUAUGACAAGUAUUACAAUGAAUUAUAAUCACAUAAUUAGUCAUACCUGUUGGUAAAGUGUUUGUAUUGCUUGUCUAUGAGGUACAUAUAUUAUUCCCUGAUACUGUAUAACUCGUAUAAAUGUUGUACAUAUUGAGAUGUUCUUUUCCUAUUGUCAUGUUGAAUCACUUUGAGGAGGAAAUAAUUGAUAAGUUGCUAGUCUUAAGAGAUAAACAUGGAUUGAAAAUUAUUAC